UAAUAUAUUUGGUCUGCGGCCUGUGGACUAUGCGGAAAGUGAAAAGAUGAAGUCUGUGCUAAUGAUACCAGUGAAGAAUGAACCAUUUUCAGUUAACCAGCCCUCUCAGGCACUGAGUCCCAGCCAGCCAAGAGAUGGACCUAUUGGUAUACUGGGGAGCAAUCUUACUUCGCGGCAACAGAAAUUGCUGAACAAACUAGCAACAGUUCUGAAGGCUCGAAGGUGUACUGAAUUUAACAGCAGAGUAACUCAUCUUGUUAUCCCUGAUGUUCCAAUGCCAAGUACUGUCGAAUGUAUGAUGGCUGUUCUGACUGGAUGUUGGGUCCUCAAGUUUGACUGGGUACAAGCCUGUCUACAAACCACAGUACGAGAACAAGAAGAGAAGUAUGAAAUCCAAGGUGGCCCACAAAGAGGCCGGCUCAACAGAGAACAGCUGCUGCCUAAGUUGUUUGAUGGAUGCUACUUCUAUUUUUUGGGAUCUUUCAACCGUCACCAGAAGAGUGAUCUUGUGGAGCUGGUCAAAGCAGCAGGAGGACAAAUUCUGGUUAGGCAGCCCAAACCAGACAGCGAUGUGACGCAGACAAUCAACACAGUGGCUUACCAUGCGGAAUCUACUUCUGACCAGAGAUUUUGCACUCAAUAUGUAAUCUACGAUGUGUCUUCUAAAUUCAAGCCGGAGAAAAUUCGUCAGGGCAAAGUCUGGAUGGCCCCCUCCAGCUGGCUUAUAGACUGUGCGAUGUCAUUUCAGCUCCUGCCUGUAAAAUAA